AUGCCCCUGGCACACGAGGAAGCCAUCGCAAGGCAAAGAAUCAUAAACUCCCAGUUCAAAUGUUACGAGAAAAUGAAAAGGGAUGCGCCUUAUUCCAAGUCAGGUCUGUAUUGUAACCGCACCUGGGAUGGGUGGCUUUGCUGGGACGACACUCCAGCCGGACAGAACGUAACUCAGAACUGUCCAGACUAUUUUGCAGAUUUUGAUCCUACAGAAAAAGCUUCAAAAUAUUGUGAUGAAAAGGGAAAUUGGUUUCAGCACCCAGAAAGCAAUCGGACAUGGUCCAACUAUACAAUGUGCAUCACCUUUACCAAUGAGAAACUGAAGAAUGCCUACAUCCUUUACUACAUGGCAAUAGUCGGACAUGCCCUGUCUAUUGUCUCCCUGCUAAUUUCCCUUGGAAUUUUCUUCUACUUCAAGAGCCUAAGCUGUCAGAGGAUUACACUUCAUAAAAACUUGUUUUUCUCCUAUGUCCUGAAUUCCUUGUUUACUAUCGUCCAUCUUACAGCUGUGGUCCCAGAUUUGGACCUGGUGAAAAGAGACCCGGUAAGCAUUUAGCCUUUUAGUGUGUUCAAAAAGAAAAUGUCAAGCUCUCAUUUAUUGCUAAUCUUUAUUCUUCUGAGAGAUUUCUAUAUAC